AUGAAGGCUUUUGUAGCAAUCUCGAGCAUUUUGGUCUUCGUCGGCCUUGCAAUUUGCCAGACCCAGACCACAUGCACUGCAGAUGAUGUUCUCAACUCGAUCACUGCAGUUCAGCAUUACGCGGAGAAGAUGCAGUCUGUAACCGAUUCUUCAAAUGAGAACAUCGAUACUACCGGGGCCAUCUACAAAAACUUCGAAGGUCAAACCAGACAUUUCAAUGAAGAUCUGCAGUGUACUUUCAAUACGACGGCGGAGGAACAGACGGCUAUUUGCAGUGCUUAUGAAAAAGUCAGUUCAACCCCGACCUUCUGUGGGGACCAAAUGCCUAACAUGGGUUCUCUUCUACCCAAACAGUUUGCAACGGCACAGCUAGGCUACCUCCAUGUGGCCGAUGGACGCGAGUUCUACGAGAAAAAUGGACACGGAGAGAACGCUGUGAAAAUGCAUGGAUAUAUCCUGCAAGCGCAAUAUGGCUUAGAGAACUAUACAGCCGAAGUCAAAGAAGCGGCUUCAUCGUGUGCGAACCGCAUUGAUACAGCUUACACACCGCUAGGUACACAGCUUCAGGCUCUGCUCGAGGCUUACCCUGGCACGGCUUAG